CUCUGAAGGACUAUAUUGAAGCACAAAAAGCAAUAUAAGAAAUCAGAGACUCUGAACACGGGAGAGGCACAGAUGAGAAGCACCAACCCUCUUGAGGUCAGUUGUGCUUAGAUAUAAGACUUAAGUGAAAGCAGCUGACAAUGGGGCUCAAAGCAUUGCAUCUACUUGUCUGGCUACUACCUGUUCUCACUCUCACAACACAAGAGUUGGUACUAGAGGUGAGUCCAAGGGUUCCUGCAGAGUGUGGCAAAGAGGUUACCCUUAAUUGCAAAGUGUCGUCAUCUCAAAAUGGAUUAUCAGUCUUCCAAAUGGAGUGGUUCCAAGAGGGAACAACUUUAUGUUCUCAGAGCAAAGGAAAUUUGACCGUAUACCAGGAACCAUCUCUGAGUAACUUCGAUUGUGAGUAUAAACAUGGACAGUUGUCCCUCAUCUUCUACAAAGUGCAGCCAAUGGACAUCGGAAACAAAUUCAUGUGCAAACUGCGGUCCAACCAGGGAGUUGCGCAUAAAUAUUCAACGGUGGAGUUACAAGAGUGUUGCGGCAAAGUCACGGGUUCCCUGGAAGGUAACCGUCACAACUGCACCUUCGAACAUGUCUGCCCAGACGGAGAUGUGCACUGGUUUCAUGGCUCCCACAAGUACUCCAGCGGGCCUCAUGUAGACACUUGGAAACGUGUGGAGGAAGAGGGCUUCCUGACUAUCCACAGUUCCCUGAGGUUGAAAAGCUCAGACAGGGCCUUCAACUGUUCCUUGGUGAGCACCAGUUCUGGCAGGUACAUUGCAAGCUAUUCAUUCCAGAACCCUGAAGUCAUGGGAAGUCGGCAAGUCACAAGUGGAGUUGAAUCAAAGGGACCUAUGAGGACAUUUUUAUUUGUUUCAGUCUUACUUGGUGUCUCUCUGAAAUAAUUGAUUUUCCAAAGAAAAGCCACGCCACAAAGUGUGAUAAGACAUCAGAUAAGGAACAAUGAGGUACUGAGAUGUAUCGAUUUUAAAUGUUCAAAAUCCAGGUCAACAGCACGCCCAGUUAUGUGCGUCAUCCAGCAUGCUGAAAGAUUUAUGAUUCUUCCUUGUAACCUUUGGCUGAGGUCAACAGGGUGAUUUCAGGCUGUGGUGGCUGAUAAUCAUUAGAUUGUAUAAACUUACUUGCUUUAACUUUUCAAGCAUGAGGGAUGCAGGGCAUAUUGGUUUAAUUACGCUCUUUCAGAAAACAACACAUACACACGCACACAGAAACACACACACAGUAUAACUGGAAAUAUUCAAGGCCUCCUUUUGGCGACUGCUUCAAUUCUUAAUUUCAGGAGCAUGUAUCUGUUUCUGAGAGAGCGUGGGAUGAAAAUGUCAGUGCUCUGUGAGUUCACGCUUUCUGCAAGAGCACCAUGAAAAGAAUAUCCAUCUGUUUUGAACAGAAUGACAAUAUCUCAGGAGACGAAUGAAUUACAUCCGUCAGAGAUACAGAAGCCUCUGUGGGCAAAAUAUCAAAUAGCCGGACACAGGCGCCCUCAUGGCACGCAGCCGCUCUGUUUGUGGUUUGCGGGUGGAUGCUGCCCUCUGGUGGAGCAGAUGUGAUCACUGAGACGUGAACUAAUUUAAAGGGUUAAUGAUAACUUGUCUCAUAAUAUGCUCAUGCAGACAUCUUUUUUUUUUUUUUUGAUUCCUCUGAGUUUUCUGAGCCCAAGCCCAAAACACUGUAUUUAAAGCAUGCACUGUUAGAUCGGAAUGACAUUGGUACUGGCCAGCGAAACAGCGGCAUCGAGUCAUGAUGAACAUUUCUGCUGAUGAGAUGAGGCUUCACUUGUGUGUAAGUGAAGUGGAACAUUCACAAAGUACACCAGCUAUCUGCAAACAUCCAAUAUUAUGCCUUUGUGACACUCACAGGAUGUAAAAAAAUGCGUAAAAGUAAGAAAUAGGACACAUUUUUCUGUAGAAAGUAAUUCUAAUAAAUUGAAUGAAUAACUGAAUAUAAAUGAAUUUCCAUCUUCUCGGUGUUAUCAGUGAAGUUGCAGAAAUCUCUGAGAUCGAUAUCUCCAACCUAGGCAAACAAGACCAAAACUACCUGUGGCUCUUUACCACCAAGAGUAAAUGAGAAUAAGAUAUUUUCUGUACUCUUAAAGUAAUAGCUUUGCCUAAAAUAAUAUAUUUCAAGUCUCACCAGCAACCAGCUCCCUGGGUACAGCAGAUGAGCAAGAUGACAGAUCACUCUUCAUCUCGCCCCCACUCCAGUCUUGGCAGGUGUAGCUUGAAGCUGAAGGACAAACCCAGCUCCUAAAACUCUUCCUUUUUACCGCCUCAGUACACCUUCUUUUGAGAGCCCUUUCAAGUCAGAAUGACUCUGUUGAUGCUGUUAUGAGGUCGCUGCCACACAGAGGCAGGUCGAGCUUUCACCAAGACGUGGCUGCGGCUGUGAGCUCGCCGGGUAAACAAAGAUGAGGUCACCUUGACCAGUUUCUCACGCAUGUGGAUGCAUCUAGAUACAGGCACACACGCACGCACAUAGCUUGAAUAUCGUAAUUGUUGUCUUAAACGUAUUUUGGGGAAUAAUUAUGUAAUUUGAGAAACAUUACCGAUGAUAUACAGAAUACUUUGUCAGGAUUAUAAUAAUUAAUGAUAUAUAAGAAUUAUUCCAAAUGGACAUUUUUAAUUGAGACUCAGAACAAUCACAGUAAUGCUUUAAAUGGAAAUGAUCAUGUAUUAAAUUAUGACAAUGAUAAAUAUGAUAUAUCACCAUUUAUCUGAUAUUUUGUCAUUGAAACCUGUAUACUAUAGGAUUCUGUUGGUCUGUUGUGUCUGUCCUGAUUGAAGGAUAUCUCCUCUGUGAAUCUUCCCAAGGUCUCUUCCAUUUCUUUUCUUUCCCUGCUUCUAGGGGUUUUUAUUCUGAGCCACGGACAGACAGGUUUGUUAACUGUAUAGAUUGUAAAUCUCACUGAGGCAAUGUGACUGUGAUUUGAGGCUACAUAAAUGAAACUGACUUGACUUGGCAGGACUUGCAGACCUGUUUUGAUUUAGUUUACUUGUGGUAAUGUCUCCUUUUGGAUGCACAAGUUUGAAUUAAUCUCUGUACAUUUUUGUUUGUUUGUUUAAGAACAAGAACUUUACUUCACUGACUCUUUUGGUUUUGCUUUAAAUUUUUAAUUUUGUAAAUUUGUGUUUUUGUUUUGUUAUAUGUGGAGUAUUCAAGAACAUUUUAGACAACAUUAAUGUUUACAGAAAAAAAUCUGAGCAAGUAAUCAGCUCUCACAAUGGAGUCUUUAAAGGGAAAUAAAUUAAUUAUUAAAAUAA